CCGCCCAUUAAGGCACGCCGUCACCCUGAAACUCGGAAGGAUGCUAGUGGCCGCAGCCGCGGACAGAAACAAGGAGCCGAUCCUCCAAGUCCUGCGGCAGUAUGUCAACCCCGCAGCUCCUGUGGUGCGGGUACUGGAGGUGGCAUCGGGCACUGGGCAGCACGCAGCUCAUUUCGCCCAGGCCUUGCCCAACGCGCGUUGGAUUCCUUCUGAGGUGGACCAGCGCUGCCUGCGGAGUAUAACCGAACACAUCUCAAAGUCGUCCCUUACAAAUGUGGAGCAGCCCCGCACCCUGGAUGCCUCUCUGAGCUGGAAGACGUGGGGCGUGGAGCCGGAUUCACUGGACCUGGUUGUCUCCAUCAACAUGAUUCAUAUAUCUGAACCCGUCUGUACCCAGGGUCUGUUUCACGGGGCUGGCCAUGUCCUACGACCUGGAGGUGUUCUGCUCACCUAUGGGCCGUACUCUGUCAAUGGCAUCCUCACCCCGCAGAGCAAUAUUGCUUUCCACCAGAGUCUGAAAAACAGCAAUCCAGCCUGGGGAAUCUGGGAUACGUCUGAUCUGCAUGAGUUGGCAAAGACCUGCGGGAUGGCACUGGAGAGAAUGGUGGACAUGCCAGCAAAUAACAAGUGUUUGAUCUUCCGUAAGAUGUGACCCAGGGUCAUAUGGUCCUACGUGAAGAAAGCCAUUAUACACCGCUGUGACAAAUGCACCUUUGAUGAGGUUUCUAUAUAUAUAUAUAUAUAUACAUUUCUGUAUAAUUAUGUGCAGUGCAUGUAUUGUAAUAAAAGAAAAAAAAACAAUAA